GAUUCUCCCUGGAGCUCGCAGUCAUGUCAUUUCUAAUUGACCCAUGAAGCCAUGUCAAUACUGAAUUCUUGACCACAUAUGAAACAGAAUGUUUAGGACCUUCGUUUGAAGGAUUAACGAGAGGUGAUUACUAUUCUGACCCAUCAUUUGAAGUGCAGGAUGAACUGAAUCUCAUCUGGAACAGAUUUGUAGAGGAUUUUGUAUCUCAUGUUUAUAUUUGAAGAAGGAAUAAAAAGUCUUUGAAGAAAACAUUCAAGAUGACAACUCCAGAUUUUUUGGCUGUAUGUUGCAUUAACAGUUCAAGUACAGUUGCGAAAAACACUUCUGAUGCAGAAAAGAAAGACGUUCUUCUGGUUGGUCAACUAAUGCUUAUCGUUACCGUGGUGAUGUGCGUCGUCAGCAUGUUGGGCGUGUGCUAUCUGGUUUUGCCACGGGGAUCAACGUUAUUUCGAAACUCCAACCGGCUAUUGGCUGGACCAAACCUCAAUAGCAUUAUCAGAUGCAUUGUGGCAACAAAUCUUCUGGCUUCACUAGGUCUGCUGGUACGGAGUGUAGUUUGGCUGGCAAAAGAAUACCCGUCACUUAAGUCUGUCGGUCUGGACGGUAGACACAUCUUUUGUAUCAUAUCUACAGUGUGGAUCCAGUACUUUUUCCUGUGUAACUUUUUCUGGCACUUACUGUAUGCAGUAGAAGCUUUAUUGGUGUCAAAGAACAAGGAGGUUCAUUUGGCAUUGAAGUAUUUCCUUGGCUGGUUCCUUCCAGGUGCCUUUUGCAUAGGUGGCGCUGUCACAACGUACUUUCCUGGACUCAACAGCUGCUUACCUAGAGAUACAAUGGUAAAAGAUCUGAACUAUAUCAUCUUCCUGGCUCCUGUUCUCAUCGUCAUGCUAUUUAAUCCUUUCCUCUUUUACAAGUCCGCUGAGGCAGCCAAGAAGGCGUUGAUCUGGCAUUACGGCCAGUACACGUCCACGGAGAGGAAGCUCGUAGAUGCCAUCCACCUCAAGUUCAUUCUGAUAAUGGUCACCUUCACGGCAUGUUGGCUGCCAAAUCUAAUCAAUGCCACCAUAAUGAUAGCAAACCCUUCCCUGUCAACAUCAGCAGUUUACGCUACUCUUGUCUUCAUGGGCCUAUUGAACCCACUACAAGCUUUGUUCUCCUCCCUCGUGUUCUGGGGUGUGCCCCAAGAAGCUGUGAGCUGGAACAGAAUUUUCAACUUGAGCGAAUAUUCCUACCUGAAUUCCAGCAACAUCAAUGCCUCCCAGAGCUAUCCAACGGUAUCCUCGUCACGCAGUGCCAGCGGCAGUGAAACAGAGCCCCUAAUCAGCUUCCGCCGCAAGGAGCAAAUCUGAUUGGUGUACUGUUUUCAUUGUUCUUCGAUUAAGAAACUGUUACUUUUCAUUAGUUUUCAACACAAGAAAAUAUGUUUGGUGUAGUGACAGGAUUGUGUCUCUAUAAACAGUAUGUACAGAGGAAAUCUGAUGGUUGUGUCACCCUCUCUAUGUAGUGGAUAAUUAAGUGGUAGAUUUUUUUUUUGACCUAUAGCAUGGAAAUUGUAUUUUCCCCACCCUUUACAGAUGUGUCUCUCAUUUUAGCCGAGAAAGAUCAGCUUGUCACCUCCUAGAGGGAGAUAGCCUCAUGCAGAUUAGCACGAGUGCAAUUGUAACGUCAUUAAAAUGUGUCAUUAAACAACAGAGCCUCGGGUUAGACAACCAAAAAUCAUCACCCCU